UCUCGCCCGGUUCUCCCUUCUUCUCUCCCGGUCCUUCUCUCGUGGGUGCCACACCAGAGCCUUUCAGGUUUUCUCAAAAUAUUUGGCAGGCACUUCCCAAGUCCUAGUUUCCAUCCCGUAUUAUCCAAAAGGAUAGACCUAUAUUACAAACCACUGUAAUGGUCAGAAUGCACUCAGUUUGCUUCCACAUGUGCUCCCUGUAUGUUUUGAGCUUGGGAUGAGACACCCAAGUUCAACACCGACACACAAAGAACCCAUAAACUCUCACACUUAGACCCUUUUACAUCUAAAGAGGGAAAUGAAUAGAUCUCCCAACUACUCAGGAGUCAGGAUCUCAGGCUGUUGGGCCCUUGGACCUGAAGGCAGCAACAGUAGUGCUGAAUCCUUGGACCGACUGCUGCCUGUGGUGGGUACCACCAGGUCACCGCGGAAACGGACCACCAGCCAGUGCAAAUCGGAGCCACCCCUCCUGCGGACGAGCAAAAGAACCAUCUAUACCGCUGGACGGCCGCCCUGGUACAAUGAGCAUGGCACCCAAUCCAAAGAGGCCUUUGUCAUCGGCCUUGGGGGAGGCAGUGCCUCUGGAAAGACAACCGUUGCCCGGAUGAUCAUCGAGGCGUUGGAUGUGCCGUGGGUGGUGCUCCUCUCCAUGGACUCCUUCUACAAGGUCUUGACCAAGGAGCAACAGCUUCAAGCGGCCAGCAACGAUUACAACUUUGACCAUCCGGAUGCUUUCGAUUUCGAUCUGAUCAUCUCCACCUUGAAGAAGCUCAAGCAAGGGAAGAGCGUCAAGAUCCCCAUUUACGACUUCACCACCCACAGCCGCAAAAAAGAAUGGAAAAUCCUUUAUGGAGCAAAUGUCAUUAUAUUUGAAGGCAUCAUGGCGUUUGCCGACAAGGAGCUUUUAAAGCUUCUAGACAUGAAGAUCUUUGUGGAUACGGAUUCCGACAUCCGCUUGGUCCGGCGCCUGCGCAGGGACAUCACCGAGCGCGGGAGGGACAUCGAAGGGGUCAUCAAGCAGUACAACAAAUUCGUCAAACCCGCCUUCGACCAGUACAUCCAACCCACCAUGAGGCUCGCUGACAUUGUCGUCCCACGGGGAAGUGGGAACACCGUAGCCAUCGACCUGAUUGUCCAACAUGUCCACAGCCAGCUAGAGGAGAGGAAACUACGCUGGGAUAUGGCAGCCCUGGCCUCUGCCCACCAAUGCCACCCUCUCCCCAAGACCCUCAGUGUGCUGAAGAACACCCCACAAGUCAGAGGAAUGCACACCAUCAUCCGGGACAAGGAGACAAGCCGUGAUGAGUUCAUCUUCUACUCCAAACGGCUGAUGCGCCUACUCAUUGAGCAUGCGUUGUCUUUUCUGCCAUUCCAGAGUUGCACGGUUCAGACACCACAAGGACAUGACUAUGAAGGCCGAGCCUACCGUGGAAAGCAAAUUACUGGUGUGUCCAUUUUGAGGGCUGGAGAGACCAUGGAGCCGGCCUUGAGGGCUGUGUGCAAGGAUGUCCGAAUCGGCACUAUCCUCAUCCAGACGAAUCGCUAUACUGGCGAACCAGAGCUGCAUUACCUGAGGCUACCAAAAGACAUCAGUGAAGAUCAUGUGAUCCUGAUGGACUGCACUGUCUCUACAGGUGCAGCUGCCAUGAUGGCUGUGAGAGUCUUGCUGGACCAUGAUGUCCCAGAGGAUAAAAUCUUCCUGCUGUCCCUGCUGAUGGCCGAGAUGGGUGUCCACUCGGUUGCCUAUGCCUUCCCUCAGGUGAAGAUCAUUACGACCGCCGUGGACAAGAAAGUGAAUGACCUCUUCCGCAUCAUCCCUGGCAUUGGGAAUUUUGGAGACCGGUAUUUCGGCACGGAUGCCCCUCCAGACUGGAGUGACGAAGAAGACCUGCUGGAUUCUUAGAGAGCUUCUGCGUGAUCCCAGGAAAGCACUGUGAAUGAUGUACGAGGUUUUGACAAGCGCACCUUAACCUGAAAGCCCCCUUGUCCCCAAAUACCUGCAAAGAGACGAUCACCCGCAGCAUAGAAAUAUCUUCUUACACAUCUUUUGUCAGUGGCCGGAAGUGUCUUUUUCUUUCUUUCUUUCCUUAAGGAAAAAGAAUCAAAGAAAAUGGGAAAGGAGGAGAAUAGAUCUUUGCUGUCUUUUUUAUGUGCCCACAAGUGUUUCCAAGUCUAGAGGCAGCUUAUUUUAAUUUAAAAGUUUUAAUAUAACUUAUUUUAUUAAAAAAUAAUUAUUCA